AUGGGUAACAACACAAGCUUUAACUCUAGUCUCAAUCCACAUUCAACCAUGAAGCUUCUAAGACUUUUCAUCAAAUUAUACUUAAUUCCUCUUCAAAACAAAAAGUACGAAUUUUUCAGCUGUAAAAUGUUUAUUUCCUUGAUUAUCUGGUUUUGUAUUCCUAUUGGUCUGUUCACAAUUUCCAUUUAUCUUCAAUAUGUUUCCAGUUAUGAAGUGAUAGAGUACAAUCCAGUUAUUUUGGCCAGUACAGUCACAGUAAUCCUGAACAUAGUUGCACUAACAUUGUUCAUUCCUGGAUUACUGGCAAAUCUUGUGGAAAAGUCUGAAAUUGAUCUUGAUGUCAGCAAGUACUCCAAGAAAUGGGUUGCUUUGUAUUUUAUAAUCUUUCUGACCUCAACUGUUUUGGGGAUAUUCCGUUCGGAUAUGAAAGAAAACAUGAUCUACUUUACUGCUGCAACACUGUUCUGCCAGAUAAUGAUUGCAAUGCUUCUGGUAGCCUACUUCAUUACAACUAAUCUAGUCUGCACUUCCUUUAUUAUGGAGGCUACUGAUUUAAGCAAGAAAAAGGAUGAAGCAGAGACUGUGUUAUGUUCCAUACAUCUAGUGAAGAAGAUAAGAAUUCUAAAAAGUGGGUUUAGUCCUCUUAAUUUCUGUAUUCUGACAAACUACACCACUUGCAUGAUAGUCUGUGCUUACAGCGGAUUUUAUUACCUGAAGCUUCGACAAUAUUUCCUAUUUUUAUCUUUUACUAUCAGUGUUGUAAUGUUUCUUUUAGUCAUCUACUCUCUCAUCUCUGCAUGUGAUGAAGUCUUUCAAGCUUUAUCCUCCAACAAUGAUAAACUUAGAAAGAUGUCACUGAUUGUGGAUGAUGAUUUGAAGCAUAAAAUUAUUACAG